UAUUUUAACGCCCACUUUCCCUUACUCUUUCCUCCAUGCUUCCUCUAACAUCUAUAAAUUAUUGAAUUUUGAUCCAUAACUUUGAUAAUAAGAUUGAGAGAGAACAUACCUUAGGAAACAAUUUCAGAUCUGGAACAUAACCUACAUACUGAAAACUUGUUUUCUAUUGAGGUGUUCAUCUCUACAUACUGAAAACUUUAUAGUUGUGAUCACCAACCAUGAGUAAAGCUUUGACAACUUUGUUGUUUUCUUGUAUUCUGUUCUCUCUCUCUGUUUCAUCCUAUGCUCAGACCUGUAACUCCUACACUUUUUCCUCUAACACGGUAUAUGCCUCAUGCCAAGACCUUCCUGUACUGAAUGCAUUCCUUCACUAUAACUAUAGCAGUACAGCCAACACACUUGAUCUUGCAUAUAGAGUCACUGGAGCCACAGCUACAAAUUGGAUUUCUUGGGCUAUCAACCCUAGUGGACAACAAAUGAAAGGGUCACAAGCCCUUGUGGCCUUUCAAAACUCUUCUGGAGCCAUGCGGGUAUAUACAUCCUCAGUAGAAAGUACUGGUAUUUCUACGCUGUCAGAGAGUACUUUGAGCUUUGGGGUGUCUAAUCUCAAUGGAUCAUUUGUGAACGGUGAAAUGACCAUAUUUGCUACUUUGACACUUAGUAGUGGCAUGACAACUGUGAACCAAGUCUGGCAAGUUGGUCCAGUCAGUGGAGAUAAUCCUCAAUCGCAUGAUAUCAGUUCCAAUUCAGCUAACAAGCGAUCAGUGGGCACUUUGAAUCUUCUUGAUGGAACAACUUCUUCAGGAGGAGGAACCAGUUCAAAGCUUCGAAGACAGAAUGUUCAUGGAGUACUAAACGCUGUUAGUUGGGGAACAUUGAUGCCUUUGGGAGUGAUCAUUGCUAGGUACCUGAGGGUGUUUAAGUCAGCAGAUCCAGCAUGGUUUUAUCUGCAUAUUGCAUGCCAAACUUCUGCCUAUGUUGUUGGGGUGGCCGGCUGGGCAACGGGUAUGAAACUAGGCAGCGACACUAGCGUUCACAAUUAUCCACAUAGGAACAUUGGCAUAACCCUCUUCUGCCUUGCAACACUUCAGGUGUUUGCCCUGCUUUUGCGGCCAAAGAAGGAUCACAAAUAUAGAUUAUAUUGGAACAUCUACCACCAUGCAAUUGGAUACACUGUCAUUAUUCUGAGCAUUGUUAAUGUCUUUAAGGGACUUGACCUCUUGGAGCCUGAAAAGAAGUGGAAGAAGAUAUAUACCGCGAUUCUAAUUUUCUUGGGCUUCAAUGCAGCUAUGUUGGAAGCUUUUACUUGGUACAUUGUCAUAAAAAGGAAAAAGACAGGCUCUGACAAGUACCCUUCCUAUGAGAAUGGAGCGAACGGCACCAAUGCGUAUGGUGCGAGAGCACAGCCGGGAGUGUAGUUUGUAGAUUAGAACAUCUUUCUUAGAUGCCAUCGGUGAGGGUAUUUGGGUGUCCCACUUAUUUGGGAGAGUUUAUUACUUUUAUUUUAUUUGAUUUUAGCUGCUACCUAGUAGUUGAUGUUUGGAGAUUCGUAGGGUGUAAUUUAUUGCAGUAUAUAGAUUGACUUCCUAUUUUGUUA